ACGUGAUACAAUUUUGAUGUGAGGGACGGAAAGAGAGAGAGAAAGAGCAGCCCUUACUGACGGUCGGAAGGCGCUGGACCCGGACGUUAUCAACAAGAUUGCGGCUGGGGAGAUCAUCGUGGCUCCUAUGCACGCACUGAAGGAGCUGAUUGAGAACUCGGUGGACGCUGGCUCAACUUCCGUGGAGAUCCUGGUUAGGGAAGGGGGUUUGAAACUCCUCCAGAUCACCGAUAAUGGUCAUGGAAUCGACGUUAGUAUCAAGAGAGCUUUGCUUGUACUUUUGUAUCAGACGAACUGACUUGCAUUCUUAGCACGAUGAUCUUUCAAUUCUGUGUGAGAGAUUCACCACGUCAAAGUUACAGGCCUUCGAAGACCUCUCCUCCAUCGCUACGUACGGGUUCCGUGGUGAGGCCCUGGCAAGCAUCAGCCAUGUUGCCCAUUUGACAGUGACAACGAAGACGGCUGGAUCAAGCUGUGCCUGGAGGGCUCAUUACAGUGACGGAAAGCUUGUACCCGCAAAACCAGGACAGAAUGCUUCUCCCAAGCCCAUUGCCGGACGCAAAGGCACCCAGAUCACCGUUCGUACCGCCCUCGAAAACCCAUCUAUAAUACUUUCUGUCUCUCGAUAUAUAUAUGCAUAUGUUAACUUGGUGUUUAGGUAGAAGAUUUGUUCUAUAACGUUCCAACCAGGCGUCGUGCAUUCAGGUCGGCAAGUGAAGAGUACGCAAAGAUCCUUGACAUCGUUGGCCGUUAUGCUGUACACUGCAGUGGAACUGCGUUUUCCUGCAAGAAGCACGGCGAAGCUGGCGUCAGCUUGUCAACCUCGAUAAACUCCUCGAUAGUCGACCGGAUAAGACAACUACACGGUGGGGCUGUGGCUAACGAGCUGGUUUCCCUCGAGGUGGAUGGCAAGCGAUGGGGGUGCCAUACUUCAGCAUGGGUUACCAACGCCAACUACCAUGCCAAAAAGACCGCCCUCCUUAUUUUCAUCAACCAUCGUGCUGUCGAGUCCACCGCCAUCAAACGAGCUGUUGAACAAACUUAUUCGACUUUUCUUCCAAAGGGUGGACAUCCAUUUGUCUACCUUGAUCUUGAAAUUGAACCCCAACGCCUUGACGUCAACGUCCAUCCCACCAAGCGAGAAGUCAACUUCUUAAAUGAAGAUGAGAUCAUAGAAUCCAUCUGCACCGCCAUAAGGACCAAGCUUGCUGCGGUAGACUCAAGCCGUACGUUCAUGACUCAAACGCUUCUCCCCGGAAUUCGCCCUCCAGAACCGGCCCCAUUAGCCAGAGACGCUUCUUCAGGCGCAGAGGGUGAAAGAUUAGUUCUUCGAACAGUUGCUGGAACGAAACGCCCUUAUGAAAAUAACCUUGUUCGGACAGAUGCGAAAUUGCGGAAGAUAACGUCCAUGCUUCCUCCUGCAGGUUCGGAGACGGCCCCUGGAGAUAAACCAAACGGAAACCAAGGCCUCGCUUAUCAAAAGGUUAACCGGGAACCGGUUAACAUUCGCCUUACUUCUGUUAAAAACCUGCGUGCAGCUGUUCGUGCCUCCAUGCACAAUAAUCUCACCGAAAUAUUUUCUUCAAAUACCUACGUCGGUCUCGUGGACGAGCGACGUCGGGUUGCCGCAAUACAGUCCGGCGUCAAACUAUAUUUGGUGGAUUAUGGAAUGGUGUGCAAUGAGUUCUUCUACCAACUCGGACUUACAAACUUCGGGAACUUUGGAUCGAUCAAUCUCGAGUCAUCUCCGAAGCUUGUGGAUCUUCUUGCCCUCGCUGUUGAAGUGGAACGUGACGAAUACUACCGCAACAAUCCACCAGAUGGAGAUGCGGCCUCAGUAGCGUCAGAUGCCAGCCGCAGCAUAGACGAAGGCAUUGUUGUCGAUUUUACUUCCGUCGCAGCCACUGUGGCCAAGCAUCUAAUCGACCGAAGGGAAAUGCUAAAGGAAUAUUUCUCACUUUCCAUAUCCGAGGAUGGAUGUUUAUUAUCCAUACCUUUGCUUUUGAAAGGUUACAUGCCAUCUCUUGUGAAACUACCGCGGUUUCUUCUUCGUUUAGGCCCAUAUGUGGACUGGAGCGGCGAGGAAGCCUGUUUCCGCACAUUCCUGACAGAACUCGCGGCCUUUUACACCCCAGAGCAACUACCAACUCCACAUUCCUCUAGUACCCCACAAGGUGGAUGUGGGAGACAGCCUGGCCCUGGUGAUCGAGAAAGUAGCCCACACUCCAUAGUUUCGGACAUCUCCGGAGGAAAUGGUGCCUCUGCCACUGAAAGCCCACAGGCAGAUCAGUCCUCCAGUCAUGACGAAGCUGAAUCAGAAGAUGAAUCAGUUACUCGUCGACGAGAGCAGUUGUCAUGGAUGCUUGAACAUACCUUAUUUCCCGCUAUACGCUCACGGUUAGUUGCUACUAACGACCUUAUUCGAGGUGUGAUCGAAGUAGCAGACCUGAAAGGACUUUAUCGGGUUUUUGAACGCUGCUAGUGUCCUGAUUGCUUUAAACCCGCC